GAAGGGGUAUCAGUGCGUAUACGAGUCGUACUUCGAAAAGGACACGAAACUAUGGUUUCCGAUUCCUCGACUCGUCACCGCCUACACGAUGCGCCGAGGAGUCGCUUUGAGCCAAUUCUUGAAUGGCGCUUGGCGUCUAGCAGUUGCGCUGAUGGUGAUUGGGGCGGAAGCUGGCGCUGCUCUCAGCGUCCGAGCAUUUGAGGAGCUGGUCUCGGUGAAGAUUAAUCGAGGCCUGUUAUCACUGAAGAUACGCCCGAACUAUAAUGUGGUAACGGGCUAUCCGACCAAGACGAACGACUGGCAGCGAUCGUACUUCUAUGUUAAGUCCGAUCGCUCGGCUUUCGAGGAGCCGCUGAAGACCGGUUACCGUGUUCUUUGGAACAAUGAAUUUGGUAUUGAAUGUUCUUUAAUCUUUUACUGUUUCAGACUCCUGACCAUCUCUUUUUCUCUUGUUUUGACAGUUCCUCACUCGAAUACCGCGGAGUACGAGGAAGAUUUCUUGGAGAGUGCUCGGAUUAUCGCGUCCCAGAAACAGGAUUUUUGGAGAACUUCUCGUACAGGAGGAUUCGUAGGUCGAUUGAUCGGAUCAAGCGGCAGGUUUGGCGUUCGGACACCGUUCCUCUCAUCACCAAAAAGUCGAAGAGAAUCAACUUGUUCACCAAAGCCGAGCAGAUUGAAAUUAACCGAGCCAGAGCUAUGAGGGAAUUGCCGGAUCUAAGUUUGGUGGUUGGGAAGCAACUCGGGUUCGUGGAACCGGACCAAAGCUCUAACGCAAACUCCUCUGAUCCCGGGGAGCCGAGAGCGACUGAGUCGGACGGGGCUCAGCUCGUGAGAAAGUCGGGGAGCAAGAGGAAGGAGAGGGAAGGCGUUUCUUCCGAGGAGAAGCAAGCCGAGGAGACUUCCACCGGUGGGGCGCCGGAUCGGAGAAGAAGCGGGCGCGCAAGGAUCCCGUUGAGGUUCGGCCUUCCUCUGUGGAGAGAGGUGAGCUCCAGGCCUUGGAGCCUAGCAACAAUUCUCGAGAUGACGUUCUCCCGGAUCCGUCUCUCGAUGGUGGUCUUCAGGGGACUUCUUCUAAGGUGA